CUCGUCCGCGUCGGAAGGACAGCUAGCAGCAAGCAAGAUUAAGGCUCACGGUUACUCUAAUACCACGUACCUGGCUUGCCUAAGCUCUUUUUUUUUUUUGUGACUGACUUGCCUAAGCUCAAGCAGCAGCUACACUCGCAUGACGAUGGCCAGAACACUAGCUAGCGCUAUUGGUUUGUGCAGGUUCAGCUAGAGACGAUUGACUUUAGUCUCGCAGGCAGCUUGCUUGAAGAAAAGCUAUUGCACUUGACAGAACGGAACAUGGGCAGCUGCGCUCACGGAAUCCAGCAGCUGCUGGUCCACGGCUGGGUUCGCGACGCGGCGGGCUGUGGCAAGACGAGUGUAGGAGAAACAAAAAGGACACUACGCGGCGAAAGGCGGCGCCGGAGCAAUAGUUAAUUAUUCACCUGUGCGUUAGUUUUCCUUGUCUUAUGUAAUGCCGGAGCAUUUUUUUUGGAUGAAAAAUGGCAGGAGCUCUGCUUAAGUGCUUAGAGGAAAUGAAAUAGUAUAGGUCAAGGAGAGACGAUCUUCUGCAGGAAGGUAUGGGAGAAUUUUCCAACGGGCGAAGGAUGCCAACUUUGUCGCAGAAGGAUUUGCUGAUGCUUUACUUGUUGCAAUUCUGUGUAAGAACAUAACAACAGUAGCCUUGCUGAUAAAGGUGUUCUUGUUCAAGUUGUUUAGUUGUUGAGGUAAUUUGCCAAUCGUCCAAGCAAAGCAAGACUACUAGCUACCACUCUUCUUUUUCUCUGCCUCUUGUGCUUUAUUAAGGCGUGCCAUUGUGCUUCGUCAAGGUUGUCACUCCAUCCUGAGAUGCCCUUUGUUCUUUAAACAUGCAGGUUACUUUAAACAUGGUAUGAUCCAUUUCUUCAGAAUUCUCAAAUUUAGUCUUUAGCUUUGCGAGGGAUGCAUACUUUGCGUGUUGUCGUAACCAGAGAAUAUUGCCCCUCUGUUCCUGACUUCCUAUCUAUAUAAGACAGUACAGCAAUGGACAAUUGCUGAUCCCUCUCCCAGCUAUUCAUUUUGCUGAUUUGCAGCCACCUGGCAGUUCUUGUUCUCUCAUUUCCAUGCUAAAAAAUCCCAUCCAUCCUCCAUAAACACCCCAUACCUACAAUUACGCCUUUCAAUCCAAUCAGCAGUUCUAGAAAAAAUCAUAAUUUUUUUUGCUGCUUCCAAUAUUGUUAAUCUGUACUGUUAUGUUGUUUUAUCCUUUUUCCUUUACCUACUAUUGUUUUGCGCCCUUUCUCUCCGUCGCGAUCAGUUGGAAAAAGUAAAAAAAAAGAAGAAGAACUGCUUCCUUUUCUGUUAGUCUGCAUUUUUUAUGUUGUUUUAUCAUUUUCCUUUUACCUACUGUUGUUUUGCGCCCCUCUUUUCCUCAGCAAUCAAUUGAAAAAAGUGAAAAAUAAAAGGUCUUCCCUUUCCAUUGCUGUUCUACACUACAGCUAAUGCCUUUCUUUCAUUUAUUGGUUCUUACAUAAUAUGAAUGAUUUCUUCUUUGCCCUAAAAAAAUGAUUUCUUCUUUCAUUCUAGCAAUCAAUUGCUUCUUCUAACGACAAAUUGAUAUACCAAAAAGAUUCAUAUGAUCCAACCCCCUUCAAACGGAAACCCAGCAAGUCAACUAUAGGUCAUAUCUUGUCAUCCACUCAAUAUCAGCAAACUUUUGCACCAGCAAUUGAUUGCAUCUUCUAGUGACAAAUAUACCAAAAAUAUCAAUAUAUCAAAAAUAUUUAUACGAGCAAAGUCAACUAGAUCAUAUCUUGUCAUCCACACAACAUCAACAAACUUUUGCAGCAGAAUUGGAGACACAACAUAUAUUGGCAACCUUCAUCUUAAAUGUUGCUUUCUUGGUGAAGGACACACAAAGUUAUUACUGAAAAUUUCACUAUAAACAAGACCCCAAAGUCUAAACCAGAGGAUCCCUGUAAUCUGAGAAUUGGAGUCCACUACUAAACAUAAGUCAUGGUGGAAUCAUCUCCGUUUCGCAUGCCAUUGACCGAAUGGCAUCAUCAGCUGCAAGAUAUCAACUUCUGGCUGAAUGGAUAUCUCAACAACCCUGCAUAUCAUAACUUGGAAGAAAAACUUGACCGGUAUGCCGUGCAGUGGAAUGUUGGGGUCGGACCCACAGCAUGUUUCACUCGAGCUAUAUCGAGCAUCACUCGGGAUGUAAAUAUCAGGAAUUAUGGUCCCUUCGACCAUGUAAUAGAGGUGGACAUGAAGCAGGCAGCAGCAGUGCUGGGUAAUCAGUUCGACAUUAAUGACAUGCUGCAUAUCAAAGUGGCAGAGCAGCUCGGGCUACUCGAACAUAAAUACGACAUGAUAGACGCUGAGCAGCGGUACUAUACCUACAACAUGGAGAAGAAGCAGGAUGACACAGUCUCACCUCUUGAGGUAAAAUAUUUCAUAGAUCCUCAAAUAAUGCAAAAUCUACGGACCAAGAAGUACCUGCUGGUGGUUCACAAUCUUGACAGGCCAAUAAAGCCCAUCGAUAUUCAUGAUACGACAGAGGGCUUAUGGCUUCCUGCCCCUGGGUGGAAUGGUUCUUUCUGGAUCAUAUCCACCACCUCCCAAUAUGUCUAUGACAGGAGCAACAAGCCAGAUGAGCCUCGCGUCAUCAAAUCCUUUUCUGGGGAUAAUAUAUUGAUUCUCACACUGCAUUCUCUGAAACAAGCGGCCAAGUACAUCUCUGUUGCGGUUGGCCAUGGAGAGGAGAAGUAUUGGCAUCAUGUGGCAGUCCAGUGCUUUCACUACGCCACCAUGCUGUUGCUUAUCCCCUGCAGUUCCAAUGUUGACCCGCCAAAGUGUGAUGCCCAGGCUGAUGUUAGCUCAGAUGUGUUGAUCCGCCAGUGGGCUGCUCAAGGCAUCCUUCCUGUCAUGAAGCCAAGUGUCCAAGAAAAAAUGGGGGAGGACACUGACGGCUACCACUGUCAGUACUAUGGUGAUGAUAUAUAUCAACUUGGAAAUGUCAUCCUCGAGGCUUUUCGGGAGUAUUCGUUGCUGCAGCUGCCUUUUUCUCCUGCAACGAACGAUGAUGAAGCCACAAUAUCUGCUGCACACUUCCUAGCAUAUCAUAGCCUUGUUGUAGAGCCCCUCACAUCCGGUGAACUCUGUGAGGGAAAUUACUUUCAGUUGGAGCGCAUGCAGUGGAUCUCACAUGUGGGCGACCAAGGAUGGCAUGUAAGCAGAGAUUGGUUGAGCCAGGGGUCCAGCGGCCCGACCACACUUAUUAUAAGGCAUUGCUCGCAACACUCGAGGUUGUUCAUGAAGCUUGAAUCUGAUGAUUUCUUGGCCAAGCUCCCUUAUCUUCGUGUUCUUGAUAUUUCCUACACUCCGAUAGAGUCGCUUCCUUCUUCAAUCUGUUGUCUCCAAAAACUCCAAUUGCUUUCCCUUAAAGGCUGCUAUAACCUCAGAAGUCCAUUCAGCUUCCCAGAUACUGAAAUUACUCUCUGUGCAAACAACAGCAACAAAAAGCUCAACUUGCUCUAUCUCGAUCUCUCCUAUUCAAAUAUAAGCACAUUCCAGUGCGACUUCUUCCAUAGCAUUCCUACUCUAAAAGAGCUUCUGCUUGUCAAAUGCUCCAACCUUGAGGAGCUGCCACUCUCGGCUCUUGCAUUGUCUACUCUAACAAAACUCGAGAUAAUAGACAACAAGAAAUUCAUUUCAUUCUCGAGAUUAACAGAGAUGGCAUUUGAUGGGCAUGGCACCCUUCAUUCAUUCUCAUUGGAUGGUACACCACAUAUAAAGCGAUUGUCAUUGCACGGAUGUAGUAAGCUAGAAUCCGUGGACAUUAAGGAAGUUGAUGCUUUGGAGGAGCUCGAUCUAUCUGCUACGGCUAUCAAGGAGCUACCAGACAACAUCCCUAAUCUGCCCCAGCUUAGGCGAUUGCUUCUCCGGGGCGUUCCUUCCCUGAGACGAUUCCCUUGGCAUAAGCUGGAUAGAUUCCCAGAUGUGUUUUGCUUGGAUCAAUGCUCAUCAGAUGGAACUGUUAAUCAUGAUUGCAGUACUCCAAAAGUUGCUCAGGUGUGCAUAAGUGAUUCCAGAUUGUUUUAUAGCUUCAAAUAUGCCACCAGAGAUUUAGUAAGGCGUGGACGACUUUUGAAAUCUUUCAAUGUUCAAAUUACAUCAUGCAAGGCCACAACUAGGAAGAUACAGGAUGAAGAGGGCACGGUGAAAACCAACAAUCUUCAUGCGUCAUUGGCAGCCUAUGCUGAUGUAAACUGUCGCUAUCUGACAGACGGAGUCUUGAUGGUGUCAAUGGAUGACGUGCCUCCCUUUCGGGAGACUGAGCGUCACGUGGAGAUCUCAGCAGUGGAGCGGUAUCCCCAUGGUCUGAAGUAUCUUCUGGCAGUCACUAAAUCAAUUAGCAUGUCAGACGAUACUCACGUCUCCUGCCUCAAUGAUCUGAGUAGUUUGGAUGAUACUCACGUCUCCUGCCUCAAGCUCCAGCGGUGCCAUCGGAUGGUGCUUGUCUUUAAGGAUGCGUAUUACGUGGGGCGGAGUCUGAAGAAUGCACAUGUCUCUCAUCUCAAAAGUCUGACACAUUUCUACAAAGACUGGAAGUUUGAUUAUGAUUUCCAUGCACUGAAGCACCUCCGGCUGGAGCAUUGCCCGAGGUUGGAAGGCGUCAUGCCACGUGGAUCUGCGCUGCCAAGUCUCGUCACGCUCGACAUCCUCUUCUGCUACAAUCUCAAGGCAAUUUUCUACUAUAACAGACGUCGUCAUUCUUCUACUAGUUUCGAGCUUCCAUGUCUUCGGAGGAUACACCUCCAGGAGCUGCCCCUGCUGGAGCAUCUUCGCGACGACGACGCCGUCCUGGCCGCGCCCGCGUGGGAGGAGCUCCACGUCCGCGGGUGCUGGAGCUUGCAUCGUCUCCCGCGCCUCAUCGACCGACGACCAGGCAAGAAGGCCGUGACGGUGAGCGGGGAGCGGGCCUGGUGGACCAAGCUCCGCUGGGACGACCGGGACGACUCGCACUGCGAGAGCUAUGAGCCCAGGCUUCCCCCGGCAUCCGCCUCCAUCCGCGAGCGCGUCAUCAUCAAGACCUACCUCAGGUGAAGGAAUGGAGCCAUGCCCAAGCCGCAAUCUCAUCCAGACCACAGCAUCCUCUCCGUCCCACUCACUACACCCAUGCCACCGCCAACCCGUCCAGAGUUUCGCCAUGCCCGCCCGUCCGCGUCGAUCUCCAGUUUCCAAAUAAGAGGUUUGGUUUGUCUGCUGGCUGCUUCAUCGUCCGGCCGGCGCAUCCAAGCAGUGUGACAGCAGCUCAACCAGAUUGCAGUGUUUGAUGCCUCAACGUGUGUUUUCUAGUGUUGUGUGCUUGCUUUGAUCAGUUCGAGCAUUGACUUCGAUUUGCUUGCCCGUGUGAAACUUUGAUGUGUCUGUUUUAAUUUGUUCGUUCCCAUUCAUAAUCGGUGGAUUAUGAAUUGGUAUGUAACUGAAUUAUAUUACUACUUGUGUGCGUUUGCUGCACUACGUGUUGCUGAA